AUGCGGCCCCGCGUCUGGGACGACCUCACCGCUUUUGCCGUCGCGUGGGAUCGAAAGCAGCUUCCUCUCGUCAGACACUGGUGGAGUGAAAAGCGAAUACCUGCCGCUCUCGCUUUGGAAAUGCGACGCUGUAUUUCCAUCCAUGACGUGCGAGCAUCAACAAUGUUCUGCAUCCUUGCUCGACAAAUUGCUCAGCCGGCGAAUGUCAUUGUUCUUGCCAACCUGUUCAUCUGUUGCGCGGUUACCCUCUACCGAUCUCCACAGACCGUCUGCCAGAGUUGA